GAUCGCUUCAAAAUCAGCAGUCGUUCGAAAUGGACUUGAACAAUCUCUCCGACAAUGAACUUCGCCAGCAAUUAAUUGCUUUGGGGCAGUCUGUCGGACCACUGACACCAUCAACAAGAACUUUCUAUGUAAAAAAGCUGAAGAAUUUAUUGCGGAAGCAAGGUAAUGCGCCCAUAAACUCACCAACGCAAUCUGCGGGAAGAAAUCCGAGGAGUUCUGUUGAAAGAAACACAGAGGACGUUUCGCACGAUGCGAAAAUGUUUGAUAAUGUAGAAUCACUAACACAACUCCGCGUUAAAGAAAUCAUAUCGGGAUCAAGAAAAGCACGCCGAAAUGGGAGACCUGCGAGCGGAGCUCCCAGAGCACUUCGCAGCGAAAAAACUCUGUCGGGAUCUCCAAAAGCAAAAGCUGUGAAAUUAUCACCACAACCGACAUGUUCUUUCGCCCUCAAGUCAUUUAAUGAUGGCUCUCCUCAAAAUUCAUGUACUGAACCACCCAUAAGGAUGGAUGAGAGAGCCCCCACAUCAACUAGGAAACGUCGCCUUGUAAACCGCUUAACUAAAGCAAAUCAGGACCAGGCCUUAUGCAAUACGAAUACAAUUCCGCAGAUUUCCUUAAGUCAAAUCGACGAUCUGGAUAGCACGCUGUUGGGUGAAGGAACAUUCGGUCGCGUAGUCAAAUGUAAAUACCUCGAUAACAGUGACUUACAGUGGAAAGACGUCGCAAUAAAGUACGCAAGUUCUGCUUAUCGCAGUGCCUUAGUUCGAGAAGCCAAGAUCUUCUAUACCUAUUUGAAUCACAAAAAUUGCAUAAAAUUCUUCGGGCUUUACGAUUGUCCUCUGAAUGGUACGGGCAUAGUUAUGGAAUUGAUGGAUUGCAGUCUUGCAUGGCUUAUUUCAAAGCAGUCUAUCAAAUACGAAGUUGAUCACGCAGUUUCUUGGCUGUAUCAGUUGUCAGAUGCAAUAAGUUUUUUUCACAGUAAGGAGCAAGUUCAUAGAGAUUUGAAGCUACAAAAUCUUCUUCUUCGCAAUGGUUAUCAUACCUUGAAAGUCUGUGAUUUUGGCACUUACACUACUUUGCACGAAUCAAUGACUAUGGAAAAGGGAACACCUAUCACAAUGGCUCCUGAAGUUAUUCGAGCUUUCAAACACUACGACGAAAAGUGCGACAUUUAUAGUUUUGGCAUCAUUAUGUGGCAAGUCAUCGCCAGGCGGCUUUCUCCGUACCAAGGAGACCGUUGUUUUGUGGUUUUCAAUGUGGCGCGGAACAUACUGCGACCACCGGAACUUUCUUGUGAUCCUCUGCUUUCACGAUUUUACAAAGCAUGCUGGGAUGAUGACCCAGAUGUGCGCCCCAAUAGUGAGCAAGUGAAGCAGUAUUUUGCCGUUUUGAAGAAAGCUUUUCCAAAUGGCAACCAUGAUCUCACUGAUACCAGCACAAAUGGGCCAGCGGUUAUUCCCCAGCCAAAACUGGCUACCCCGUUCACACCGCAACAUCGACGAGCUCGAUCAGAUCCACUGAUUCAUUACAAUUGCCAUUUGUCUUCUCUAAGUGAAGAUUUGGCUUCCGCCGGUAGCACGGAGAAUGUGUGCCCAAAUCCAGAGAACACUGGUUUGGGUGAUGUAAAAGGGACCCAAAAUGAGAAUACGGCACGUGAUCCUCCUCUUGGAGUUGUGCGACCAUAUCUGCGAUAUCUUGAUCGAAGAAGAAAUCCGUGGGCGGCUUUUUCCUACCAUGGAGUGGUGAAUGUCUGCAAAAUCAAAGGUUUCUGUGAUUAUCAUGGCGAUAACAAAAUGAAGACUUCAAUAAAUACGCUCAAAAAAGCUAAGCAACUUUAGUAAGGAGAAAAUCUAUUUUGUUUUGAAAAUAGGUGUAAAUAGAGUAAUAAGUUUGAGAGAUUUUCCUCUCAAUGUAGUUUGCUUAUGCUGCCGAGAGUUUGCAGCAAAUUUGCACGUGAACAAGUAGCCAAGCCUGUAAUGUCAGAAUCUUGCACGCGCGAGUGGUCUGCAUUAAAGGCAUAGCAACUUGUUCACACACAAAAUUUAUUGCAAAAUCUCAGCGUCGCAAGCACACUAUAUCAAGCGGGAAAUCUACUAGCCUAUAGGUAUAUAUAUAUAUCUUUAUUUUACACUAAUGUAGAGCAUGUUAAUUUGAUAAAAGUGCUAAAUGAUGAG